AUAAUAAUAAUAAUAAUAAUAUAAUAAUAAUGGGCCAAAUAAACAGAUUAGUUUACUUGCAUUAAAUUUAUUAACAAAAACUUUAUCAAUUGUUGAAUUAUAUUCACAAACAAUGAAUAAUUUAAUUGAUUUAAGACAUCGUAUUUGGUGUAAUCUAAGCAUGGAACAACAACAACAACAAAAACAACAAAUAUUAUCCAAUGAAUUAUCUCAACAAUUUUUAUGCCCAUAUCCGCAUAUACAAUGUCAUUGUGGUCUAUCAAAGGCUAAUUCAUCCACAGAAAUACAAUCAUCUUUAUUUAUUAAAACAACUAAUACUAAUCAUUAUCAACCACAACAGUCAGUAAAUUAUCCAUUUUUAUCUAAUCAAACAAUGCAAUGCACAUAUCAGUCAAAAAUAAAUCAAAAUCAAUUUUAUGAACAAAAUAAUCUUGAUAGUUUCAAUUAUCCAACUUUUUCUUCAUCUUCUACUAAUUGUUUAUCGUUUAAUGAUAGUGUUGUUGGUGUACAGACCAGUAUAUCUGGACAAAAUAAAUCUACAUUCAACUUUUCUCCGCCUAUAUCAUCACAUAAUGCCGAUGUACUGCCAUCACUUACUUCUCCUGUUCCAUCCACAAUAAUAUCAUCCUCCUCCUCCUCCUCAAAUAUUUACUCUCCACUGGGUUUGCCACCUGUAAAUUCAAUAAAUCAAUCGAAUCUAUCAUCGGCUAGACAAUUUCCACCUGUUGUCGCACCACCUCUGCUAGAUGCCAAUUAUAACAAUAAUAAUAAUAAUAGAAACUAUCCUGUAAUGAACCAUCGUUAUGUACAACCUCCAAAUAAUAAUCUAUUAGGAACAGAUUCAGUUUCUGGAAAUAGUAUGUCGAAUGUACUAAAGCCACCAUUGCCUGCAACACCAGCAUCACCAACACAAUCAGCCCAAAUGAAUACAACCUUUGGGCAUAACUUUGGUGGAACAAUGCCUCCUAGUUUUCAAUCAUUAAACAAUGUGCCUUAUGGUAUGCUAACACCUAUUCCUCAGUUCAACACCCAACAACAACAGGAACACAUUCAACAACAUAUGCCACCGCUACUACCAGCACCAAUGUCGAUACCACCAACACAAACACAGCAUCAAUCAUCAGUGAUAUCACCAGGUUGGAAUGAUCCGCCUAUCUUAACAACUGAUAAACCACGUCAGACAACUGUUUCACACAACCCUUAUUAUAAUCCUAUGGAAUUUAUUAGUUCACCUUUGCCUCAACCGAAUAAUUCCGUAUCACCUUCGAAUUUUCCUCAACCAAUGAUGGAACUACACACUACUCCUUCAAAUCCUCCUUUACCACCAGGUUGUCCUGCUACUGGAUUAAAUGUAUAUCAACCUGCGCCACCACCAAUUCAAAAUUCUAUCUCACCUAUAAAUGCUGGUAUAAUGCAUCCUCAGCAGCAACUACAGCAGCCCUUGCCACUGUCAUCGACACAUAUUCAACAGCAAUCAUUAUCAUCAUCAUUCAUGGGACCGCCUGUUCAACAGCCAUCGUAUCCACAAGUACAAGGAGUAUAUCAUCAACAAGAACAGUACCCAAAUUAUUUCCAACCACCGAUUGAACAAAAUUCUCAGUUUUGCACUAUAUCGUCAACACUACCAUCUAUGUCAUCAGUUGUUCCACCGAAUUCCUACACCGAACUUAAUCUUUGGCCUGCAGCUCAACCUUUAUCUACUACCGUUAAAUCUGGGAUUACCAGUCAAACUAUUAUUGAAAAUGCCAUGCCAUCGAAUUCUUUCACUUCUUCGAAUGAUGACCAUACUGAUUUACAAUUAUCACAUAAGUUAGAUUCUACAAGUUUAAACUCUGAUCACAAUAAUGUUAAUGAUUAUUCAUUGCCAACAGAAUUUCAGCCCAUAAAAAAAGUGUUAUUUGACUUAAUUGAAAAUUGUCGUAAGGUUGGCGACAAACAAACUCGUCAUAAAUUAAUGAAUGUUGAAUAUUGUUUAAAUCAAUUCUAUAAUAAUAUAUCUACUGGUCAAUUACAAUUAGAUCACAAUUCUAUGGAAUAUUUACAAUUUUGUAUUUCAUCUAUUCAAUCUAAUGAUUAUGUUAAUGCAUUAAAACAAAUAAAUUUAUUUAUACAAUCUGCUAUAGAAUUAUCAGAUAUUCAAUAUUAUGGACCAGCAUUAAAAAGAUUAAUUCAAACUGCUAAACAAUUAUCUAUUAAUAUGAAUAAUAUUAAUCAUUGAUAAACAUAUGGAUCAUAUUGAUGAUGAUAAUGAUGAAGAUAAGAAUUCAACAGUGUCUAACUGUUCUAAUCUAAACAUCUAUUGAAGGAUUAGAGUGAGUUUUCUGUUGCUGUUGUUGCUGUUGUUGUUGUUGUUAAUGGUUUAAAACUAUGUUAGUACAGUAUAAUCAUUCAUUUGGCAAUUAGAUCUUUUUGUCUUUCCUUUCCUUUCGUUUUCUUUUUUUCUUUAUUAUUUAUUAUUCAAUAUUUUUCGUCGUAGAAAAUUCACUGUCAGUGGUUGAAUUCAGUGUAUACUCAUUGAAUUUAAGCGAAGAAGGUGGGGGGGGGAAGGGGGGGGUCAUGCGUUAUAUGAUACUUUUAACUUUGUUAAUAUAUUAAUCAAAUGUCAUUAUGCUUACUAAUUAUGGGUGAUGAUAACUAUUAUGAUUGUUACUAUGCUAUUACUACUAUCAUAGGUAUAAGUAGUGCAUGUGUUUUUUAUGGUUUCUUUUUUUUUUUUACCAUACUUGUCUUUGCCUUUUUGUUUACAAUUAUUCUGCUUAUCUGAGAUUUCUUUUAUUAAACACAUAUUAAACUUUCAUGACAAUAAUCUCUUGUUUUCUUAAUUCAUUUCCUUGUUAUAAUUUUUGUUAAAAUGUAAUAUGUAUUGAAUAUUUAAAUAAAAAAAAAACUAGUUGCAGCAUGGAUAUAUAUACAUCCCUUGACUGUCGUUUAUAUCUGUCGUAAUGGUCAGUCAGUCAUAAACAACGUAGAAUCUGGCCAAGUUGUCUCACUAUAUCUUACUUACUUUCUUGCUUACACUUGUUACUCCCAGUGAAGCAUAGGCUGCCGACCCGCAUUCUCCAACACACUCUGUCCUAGGCCUUCCUUUCUAGUUCUAUCCAAUUGUUGUUCAUUCUUCUCAUGUCUCUUUCCAUUUCUUAGCGUAAUGUAUUCUUUGAUCUUCCUCUUCUCCUUUGACCUUGAGGAUUCCAAGUGAGGGCUUGCCUUGUGACACAGUUUGGUAUUUUCUUUAAUGUGUGUCCUAUCCAGUUCCAAUGCUUCCUCCUGAUUUCUUCCUCCACUGGAAUCUGAUUUGUUCUCUCCCACAGUCUCACUUUAUUAUUAUUAUUGUUAUUAUUAAUAGCUUUGUUCAAUAUUAUAUUUCGGUACAAUAUAGAAUUCUCAGCAUAGGGUAUUUCA